GUAAAAAUGAUGCGUCUGAUGUCUAAAAAAAUCUGUUAGCAGCUGGAUAUGGCGGCGCUGCUAAGAGGACUACGAGUUGGAAGGGCCCUGCGGGGUCUUGGCAGCGUGGUAAUUCAAAAAACAUCCAGUCCCCAAUGCAAUGGCCUGAGAAGAGGCUUCCACUGUGCUGCACUUUGUCUUCAGGAGGACAAGGACAAGUCCAUCCCUGUCCCCCCAUCCUCUGCUGCAUCCUCAACUACAACCUUCCACGAGCAUUACCAAGCCCACCCAUCUAAAAACGACACUACGACAUAUACGCAGGAAGCUGCUGCUAAGGAGGCUCCCCAGCCUAAUACUAGUUAUGCAGACCAAAGUGGAGAACAAGGAGAAGAGUAUGAAACAGAGGAGCAACUGCAAGCACACAUCCUUAACGCUGCACUGGACUUUGUCCCACUACAUGGUUGGACUCUUGAGGCCAUUUCAGCAGGGGCUGAGACACUGGGCCUCUCAGCAGCCUCCAGUGAAAUGUUCCAGAAUGGCGCAGGGGACCUGGUUUUGCACUUCGUCGCUCAGUGCAAUGCCCAGCUAACAGAGCAGCUGGCAGAGCAGCACAACAAGAUCCAACUUGGUCAGGCUGAACCAAAGAAAACUGCUGAGUUUCUUAGAGAUGCUGUGGAGACCAGAUUGAGGAUGUUGACCCCAUAUAUCGAUAAUUGGCCACAGGCUAUGAGUAUUCUGCUCCUCCCACACAACAUCCCAGACAGUCUGAAGCACCUCUCCACCCUGGUGGAUGAUAUCUGGUACUAUGCUGGAGACCGUUCCACAGAUUUGAACUGGUAUACGAAACGGGCUGCGCUGACAGGGAUCUAUAACACCACUGAGCUAGUGAUGAUACAGGACUCCUCAGAAGACUUCCAGGACACCUGGAACUUCCUUGAAAACCGAAUCCAGGAUAUUGUCAACAUGGCUGGCACCGCCAAACAGGCAGUAUCUACAGGAGAAGCAGUGGCGCAGGGGUUUAUGGGAGCUGCUGUUACGCUGAAGAAUCUAACAGGGAUUAACCGGAGACGAUGAAACAAGAUUGCUAUUUCUGUUUCACCACCCCCUUCCCAUCCCCUCUGAUCUCUGCCAGUCAGGGGUUUGUGUGUGAGGCAUUGAAGAUCAGCUUCUGUGCUCACAGCUCAGGCAUUUAUUCUCUUAUCUGUAAUACCCUAUCGUGUUGGUUUGUUUUAUUGCUUAGUCGCCUUUAUCCACUAUAAAACUAUUAUUGUGCCUUAGGUCUGGUUUUUCCAUUUGUAAAGUGGGUUGGUAUGAGGUUUCACUUUCGUCCAGUUUGAAACGGUUGUCCCUCACAUCCACUCCUAUCCCUUUUCCUUUUGUAUAAAGGAUGCAAAAAUUUGAUUGUAUUUUAAAGUUUUUGGUUCGGCUCCAUUGAGAGUUCCUAAAUAAAUUACAGAUUAAUUUAA